AUGUACACGGUCAAUUUCCUACACUGGGUAGCGGGUAUGGAAGGAUGGUGUAUGUGGCUCCUCUCAAAGUUCGGCGAGCCGCAGCCGCGGACCAAGGAGGAAGUCCAUGUGGUACGAAGAGUUUGGGCACAAAAGCCCACAGCCAUUCUAACAGACUUUGAGUUUGCCGAUGCUCUGGCCGAGACUACCAUAGAGAUACAGGGCCAGUAA